AUGAGAAGCAGCACGGGUGGCUAUGGUAUCACCUGGGACAAUGGUUCGCGACAACCUAUGUUUCUGAUCGUUACUGGAGUUCUCCUAUUCUUCUCGACAAUCGCUGUAGCGCUAAGGCUGUACUGUCGCCUCACCUUCAUACGAUAUGUAGGAUUAGACGACAAGUUCAUGAUUUGUGCGUGGGUGGUCGCCAUCUCACUCGGUAUUCAGAAUGGUUUUCUUGUCAGUUGGGGAACUGGGCGACACAAUGCCGAUUUGGAUCAUUCGAUCAUUAUGGUCCCUACGUUCAAACACUGGUAUGCAUAUCAGCUAGUUUACCCUUGGGCGUUGUUAUUCGUCAAAGCUAGCAUACUGGCACUCUACUACCGGAUCUUCACGCAAACGAAUUUUCGCUACGCCGUAUACGCCGUUAGUGUGUUCGUCACUGUUCAGACCAUCGUAGUCACCUUCGUCAACGCUUUCGAAUGCGGCGCGAAAGAGCCAUGGAGAGCAUGGGUCCCUACCUUUCCCAAAGGAUGCAACGACCUUCCCAAGACGUAUUUCUCGAUGGCCUCUGUCAACAUCCUCACAGACAUUUUUAUCCUAGCCAUGCCAAUGCGAGCUUUUGGGCAGCUAAAACUCCAACGAACAAAGCGUAUUGCGCUCUUCGGUGUCUUCAUGGUCGGAGGUAUAGCAGUCAUCGCGUCUAUCGUUCGUCUCUACGCCCUCUGGGUAUACGCUGUAACAGACGACCCACCUUACGACGACAUAUUCAUCCUCCUUCUCUCCCAAAUCGAGAUAAACGCUGCUAUUAUAUCCGCUUCAGCACCCGCCCUCCGCCCACUCCUCAACAAAGCCUUUACUUCGUCCUCGCACGACCGCUCCGGCCCAGGCUACCCAGCUUCUUACGGACAUGGCGGCCAAAACAGCAAGAUGUUUAGUCGCACAGCUAGAACACGUUCGAACGGACAAAUGGAGCUCUACUCGUUUGGUGGGGGCAACAGGACUAGCAAGGUACCGGUAGGCGGUACGCGCAAUACGAGUGAGGAAUCGAUAUUAGGUGUGGACGGUAUCACAAAGACUGUGGACAUGACGAUCGAAGAAGACUAUGUGAGGGAAUCUGUACAUGGGAAGAGCGGAGAGACGCAGGGAAGCGUAUAUCUCACCCAUAAGCGCAACUUGAUGACUCCUUUCUUCUGGGUCGAGUUGGUUGAUACACAUUUUGUCGAAUCCUUCCGGAAUUAUCCAUUUGUGUACGGUAGAUGGAUUCUUGAUAGAGCAGAAGAACGAGGACCAGAAGAUACUGUCGGCCAGGCUGAUGUAGCUGAGACAACAUUCGGUUUAAGUGCGACAAUGUCUUACGACAACGACUAUACAUAUGCGAACACUUGUGCUAGAGAAGGAAGUUCGGCUCCAGAGAUGCUUCUUGAAGACGAACAUUCUAAAGAGAAGACGUUUUCUGAUGGGGGAGAUUCCAAUUUUGAAACCUCUUCCGACGAGGAAAAUACCGCUACAGGGACCUCUUCCGAUAAGGAUGAUUCAAAUGCAAAGACAUCUCCUCAUAAGAACUGCGAUGCAUCUACAGACUCGACUUCUGAUUGGGGCUAUGGUUCAUUCACGGAGUCGUCUUCUGGUGAGGAAGAUGCGAAGGUAUCUUCGCGAAGCCUCUCGGAGGUGUUGUCCGUUGCUAGGAAACACUAUUGGAACUGGCCCGAGAAGCAUAUUUCUAAACAGGCGGGAAAUCUUAGUUCAUUAUCUGACAGGAAAUAUGCCUUUGCCAAAAUCAGUUGCCAGUCGUGUUACCUCAACCCAAAUUUUCAGGUCCACGGCGUUGGAUUCCACAUUGAAAAUCUGAGCGAAGACUGCGACUUUUGCGGUAUUCUACGCACAUGUCAGCAGCACUUUGCGAAUGAUUGCAAGUUCAUGACGUAUCAAUCUAGGAGGGGCGAAAACGAUAUUCAGAUCUGUUUCAGAGAUGAUCUUUCGAAAGAUCACUGUAAAGGUAUUCAUAUUCAGUUGUACUCCAAAGAUCCGCGUAUGCAUCAGCCGCCCUUCCGAUACGCGGAAGACAUUCAUAGAUCUGUCGGGUCGGAAGCCGCGAUUAGUGUUAUGAAGAGAUGGAUCAGUCACUGCUGUACGUCCCAUCGGCAUGUUUCAUCAGUGCGCAACUUGAAUCCCACACGCCUAUUAAAGCUAGGCAACCACGAAGAUGGUGGUGCUCGACUCUACUCUCCAAAACAUCCGGUGGUUUUCGCCGCGCUGUCUUACCGUUGGGGAUCGGGCAAGCAGUCAGAAACCACGAAAGAUAAUGUUACCGAACGAUACCAGGAGCUGAAGACAUGGGACUUUCCAAAGACUCUUCAAGACGCUAUUGAUAUUACUCGAAAACUAGGCCUGGAAUACAUCUGGAUUGAUCGUGUCUGCAUUAUUCAAGACGACAAAGAAGACUGGGCAAAUGAGGCAUCUCUUAUGGCUGAUAUCUACGCAAGUGCGUAUGUCGUCUUGUCAGCCACAGCCACAGAAGAUUGCCAAGAUGGCUUUUUACAAGAACGACCGAAGCCAUUUCUUAUUCAGUACGCGCAUCAUGGUCAGCAAUUUCAAGAGGUAUAUGCAAGACAGAUUGACACCCACACCUGUGAGAAUGCGAAACGGAAGCCCAACUACACAUUAUACAAACGGGGUUGGUGUAUGCAAGAAAGGUUUCUGGCCCAUCGGACCAUUCACUUCCUACCAGAUGAGAUCCAAUUUGAAUGCCAGGCUGGAAGAAAGUGCGAAUGUGAUGGUGCUAGCACGGAACGACGGGGACCGAAAGUCGUUCCUACCAAAGGAUACGACAGUUUUGGAGAAAUGCGAUCUGCCCAAGAAAUGAGUACAAAGAUCUUUGCACUCCACUGGACGAGGAUCGUGCAAGAGUACAGUCAGAUGAAGCUCACAUAUGGGGAAGAUUCUCUCCCAGCGUUUUCAGGCCUAGCAGCAUGCGUGGAACACCUGAAACCAGGAAGAUAUAUCGCAGGCCUUUGGGAACAGGAGAUCGGAUAUCAACUUGGAUGGUAUAUCAAUCCGACCUAUGAUCUGACAAGACGUUGGGAAGAUCCGAAGAAUAUCAAUUAUCUGGGUCCUACCUUCUCCUGGAGCUCGCGUGUGAUGGGUCCUGUUGAAUAUGCAUACCGAAGCAACUAUCAUUUUGAACCCCUAUGUACUUUGGAAAGCUUCAGCAUCGAACUAGCUACAUCCAAUCCUUAUGGUCAAGUCCGUGGUGCAAACCUCUGUCUCAGCGGAUGGUCAGUGUCUGGAAACGAUAUGAUUGCAAGGCUCAAAAUACCUGACCAAGACUUUUGCAGAAUGCAUAUAUACUUCGACUCUGGCUUCCAUUUUAUGUUCGAUUGGUUUAGUUUUUGGAAAACAGAAGAGCUGGAAAACACCAUAAGCUGGGAAACUGUUCUGUGUUUUGGGCUAUACGAAUAUGAACUCGAUCGAGGUGAUGAUCGAGAUGUUGUGGUCCAAUUUGAUGCGCUUUUAGUACAGCCCAGUCAGAGUAAGGUGGGGGAGUACUUCAGGAUUGGAGUUGUUCGGAAUUUACAGAAGUCCCGGUUUGAUGAUGCAGCGGUAGCAAGCACGAUUACUCUAGUCUAA